AUGAAGGCAAUAUUGGUUUGGUUCGUUUUCGUAUGCGGCGUGUUCGCUUUCCGACACUCAGGAAACAACCGGCUGUGCCAGGACACGGCCAAUCGCAAAGGAUGCCUAAACUACAGGAACAGAAAAAAUGAUAAGGGCAGUGAGCGCAGAAGAGGUUACACCUAUUCCUUAGGGAGCACAUUUGAUGACAUAAAGAAAGUGAUUUCUAAGCAACUGUCAGUGGAGGAAGAAAAAAUACAAAUGGAAUCCAAUUUUACCAAGGAUCUAGGGGCGGACAGCCUAGACAUAGUUGAACUUAUCAUGGCCCUCGAGGAAAAAUUCAACAUAACAAUCUCGGAUCAAGAUGCAUUGAAGAUAAACACCGUCCAGGAUGCGAUAGACUUUAUUGAGAAAAACAAAAAAUCGGAUGUGUGA